CUUUUUCUCCAACGAUGUUUUCACGUUUAACGAAAAGAGUGAAAAAUGUUCAAGAACAACAAAAGGUGUUUUUCACCACAAAUAGAAAAACUCCAUGGAUAAAUCCCAAAGUUAAAAAAGCAGUGUUGCUUAGUACAGGAGCUGUCUGCACAGGAACUGGCGCUUAUUACUUGCUGACGGACCGAGAGCGUAGAAUCCCUUUGGGGGUACGAGAAAAAGUACCCAGUUUAGCCAUUUAUCCCGACCGUGGUGGGGUUAAGGAACUUCCAAUUACCACUCAUUAUUUAGAGGAUUCAAUUGAUAAGGAGAAUACCAAGCCACGUCUGGUGAUCAUCGGUUCUGGUUGGGGAGCGGUUUCGGUCUUGAAGAACCUAGACAAGGACAAAUACAACGUGACGAUCGUCAGUGAAAACAACUAUUUUUUGUUUACCCCUCUUUUACCCAGUGCCACAGUAGGCACCUUGGAGCUUCGCUCACUGAUUGAGUCUGUACGAAAAAUCGCUCAUCGUAUUGGAGGUCAUUUUUUGGAAGGAAAAGCUUUGGAUAUUGAUUUAGACAACAAGCUAUUGGAAGUGGAAGGAUGUCACUCUGGAGAGAAACAUUUUUAUGUACCCUAUGAUAAAUUGAUUGUGGCGGUAGGAGCAACCAGUAUGACCCAUGGUGUUCAAGGUAUUGAAAAUACCAUGCGCUUAAAAACCAUUCGAGAUGCCAUGGAUAUUCGACGUAAAGUCACCGAGAAUGUCGAAAAGGCUUGUUUACCCACUACAUCGCCUGAGGAACGUAAGCAAUUAUUGUCGUUUGUUGUGUGUGGUGGUGGACCCACAGGUGUAGAGUUUGCUGCUGAAAUGUCGGAUUGGAUUAAUGAGGAUCUUGUCGAAUGGUUCCCGAAAGUGCUUCGUGAGGAGAUCUCAAUCCAUAUUAUUCAAUCGCGAGAUCAUAUUUUAAACACCUUUGACAGCAAAAUUAGUGACUAUGCCGAAAAGAAAUUUGACAGAGAACGUGUUAAUGUCAUUACCAAUGCUCGAGUAGAUCAUAUCGAAAAAGAUAAUGUUGUUUAUAAGCUCAAAUCCGUCAAUGGAUCCGAACCUGUGACUAAAUCUUUACCUUAUGGCCUCUGUCUCUGGUCCACCGGUAUUGCAAUGACCUCAUUUGCUAAAAACCUGACUGACAAAAUCCCCAUCCAAGCGCAUAAACGCGUUUUAACAACCGAUGGAUACUUGCAGCUUCAUGGGUUAGACGAUGUGUAUGCAUUAGGAGAUUGUGCCACAAUUGAAAAUCCUAAACUGAUAGAGCAUAUUACCGAAUUCAUCCAGAACGCAGACACUGACGGGGAUGGAAAGAUCCAAUAUAAAGAGUUUUUGGCCAUUUGUGAAACAAUGCGGUCAAGAUUUCCUUUAACGGAACAGCACUUGACGAAUUUGAAGACCAUGUUUAACAAGUACGAUACUGACCAUGAUGGUUUUCUGGACGUACAAGAGAUGGGUCUCAUGCUCAAAGAUAUUGAUAAAAACAUGACCAACCUCCCUGCUACUGCACAAGUUGCAAGUCAGCAGGGGCAAUACUUGGCAAAGUAUUUAAACACAUUAUCAUCUACAGAAAAUGACGAGUGUACGCAAAAAAUGGUAGGACCCUUCCGUUACAGUCAUUUAGGCACAUUGGCGUAUCUAGGCAACACGGCUGUAGGAGAUUUUAAGUGGGGAUAUCAAAUGGUGGGUGGACUCUGGGCAUUGUACUUGUGGCGUAGCGUGUAUUGGUCUGAACAAGUCAGUAUGCGCACACGGUUAAAUUUAAGCAUUGAUUGGACAAAGUGUGCUAUCUGGGGCAGAGAUAUUGCCACAGUAUAAAUAAACGUGUGUGAUCAUAUUGUAAUUUUAGAAUUUGUAUCCGGCCAUAUCAGAUUAAAUAACCCUAAGAUGGGCUAAGCGAUAUAUUUUAUUUUUGGUGUUAUUUCUUUUGA